AGAACUGGGGUUCUUAGAAGUGGUGAUGCAAGAAGUUUCUAGGAAAGCGCUACCAGGUGAUUUUUUAAAUUCCUUUUUUCCUCUAAUUUGGCGCGAAGUUGUUAUGUGCUGUGUGUUGCUGGUGUUUUAGACAGAACUAUUUGUCCAAUUUGUGCUGUUUGUAUGUUUGUGAAGCCGGACUGUGGCUGAAUGUGUCUGCUGCUGGCAGUUUGGAGAGUGCGGAGUCUAAACUCUGAAGUGGCACGGUGCAGUGACAGGCAGCGCGCGCUCCUCUCCUGACAGCUCGCGUGGCUCGGCUCGGCGCAGCGCUGGUCGGCUGGGAAGCGGAGGGGGGGACUGACAGCAGCCUCUCUCCGCUCCCGUGCCGCUCUGACACAGAGUCAUGGAGGAAAGCUGUCUAAAAGCUCGGGUUUGAGAACUACACUUUGGAGGAUGAGAUUUUUUUCAGCGGCGGAAAGGCUGAAAUGCGCUCGGUAGUCCCCGGGUGAGCGUAGUUGGCGGCGUUAAAUGCGCUCUGAUUUGACGUCAAAGUGUCAGAGCUGUCAGAUGAAGUUUUCUGACAGCAUGGCAGCCUUAGGUUCAGGGGUUUCACUUCACACUCGCUCCGGUGGUAAUUUGCUCUAAUGGAGCGCAAAGAGCUGCACCGAACAGGCUCUUCUGUUACCGUAACAUUGUAGCGGAAACAUAAGUGUUGAUGGGUGUGUAUGUGUGUGUUGUUUCCACGGUGCAGACUAAACGACACGUCCUCGCAGGAGACAAGUUGUUUCUUCUGUUUCCACUGUGAACCCGCGCUGCACGAGGAGCUCACGCACCAAGUUGAAGGCUUUUACAGAAAUGCGCUCACUUGUUAUUCCCGCGAAGUGUCGCCUCAUUUCUGUAACGAACUCCCCUCAAAGAAAUUAUGCAUGUGAACCGCUAGACUGUGAUUCAAAAUGAAAAUAAAAUGAGCAAUGUAGGAGCCUUUGGGAGUUAAAUACAUGUCCUGUCGUUUUAAUGCACUUCAGCGCAAAUUAAUUGAUGUAGUAAAGUUGCAGUCCUGCUCGUUUUUUUCCCAAAUCGUAGUAUAUUGUGUUUACAUCUCCGUUUGUUUGUCACCGACUGGUGCUCAUAAAUCCGUUUUGAUCAAAGGUUAUGUGUCUACAUAGGCUGCAUUCUGUUCUGCUUCUAUUUUCGGACGUGUUCAGUUACACACUUCAGUCUUGACAUUGAGUUCAAGAUUCAGUCAGAGAUCCGCGUUGCGUGUUAUGAAGCCACUCAGUCAGUCAGUCCGGAGAAGGCGACAUUAAAAAGUAGAAAGCAGCUGACCUGGAGUGCACUGUGUGACAUAUUGUGGAAAAAAAGUGAAUCCAGGACGCUACUGGGCUGCAAAACAAGCCGCUGUCUGAGCUUUUAUUAUUGAAAACUGCUCCUCUGUACCUCUGCCAGUUGCACCGGGUUGUUAUCAUGAUGAAAUUAUGGCGAAGGCAAUUUAUGGUUGAGAUUAAAUUCUUGGCUCUGUUAUAAAUUUGCGCAAAAAGUUUUCAUCGUCAAGCAAGCGGCUUGAUAAAACUGUAAGCUCUCUGUUUGUUCAGAGUAUAAAUCCGACAGAGCCGAGGUUGAGAGAGAAGCUGACCAAACUUUUUUCCGUUAGCUUUCACUCAUAUGAUUGAAAGAAGCGCAAGUCGAUUAAAAAACCUGCACAAGACUCAUAUUGGUGUUUGUGAUUCAACUGUGCGUCUAUCAUUCACUUUACCAGUCAGGGUUUCGUGGGGUAUUUAUUUUUGCUGUUUUGAAAAAAAAAAUCUUUUAAAAGCAUAUCAAUAAUAAGAGCGUUAUUACAGAAUGCAUCAUAAAUACGUCUGACUCGUCCCUGUGAAUGUAUUUUCCCGUUUUCCCCCUUCUUCUUUACUUUUAUUAUCUUGUCGCUGGUGGUUUAUGAAGAGAAAAAAAGUGAGUGGGAGAGACAUUAUUCCGGAGAAAGAAAUUAAAAUGUCUAGACAGUGUUUGUUUAAUAAAUGGCGCCUCCUUCUGGAGAAACAGCUGCAUUUGUUUCCCAGUCUGCCACAUUGGGGAUCAUAAAUAAUAUCAGUCCAGUUAAAUUACCUAAAGAUGACCUGUCCUACAGUUAUAAUAACAGAGGUAAAUGAUGAAUAACUUGGAAGUGAAGUACAAUCUGAAAAAAGUCUUUGUUUAUGUAAUCUGAAGGGUUUCUUUUGGUUGCAGAACUUGACAAAAUGGCUUGCGCAGCAGACAGCUGCAUACAGUUCACACGCCAUGCAAGUGAUGUCCUGCUCAACCUGAACCGACUGCGGAGCCGAGAUAUCCUCACAGAUGUCACCAUCCUGGUGAACAGGCAGCAGUUUCGUGCACAUAAGACUGUUCUCAUGGCUUGCAGGUGUGUGUUCAGGUUUUCAGUCAAGUUUUUCUGCUAAAGUUUGGAGAUGCAGUGACUGAUAUUUGUCUCUCUUCUUCUUCUGCACGCAGUGGGCUGUUUUACACCAUCUUUACUGACUCCCACAAGUGCAACCUUAAUGCUAUCAGUCUGGACCCAAAAGUGGACCCAGAGGGUUUUGCCAUCCUGCUGGAGUUCAUGUACACCUCUCGUCUCACACUAAAGGAGAGUCUGAUCAUGGCCAUCAUGAACACAGCCAUCUACCUGCAGAUGGACCAUGUUGUGGAUACCUGCCACAGAUUCAUCAAAUCCAGGUUGGCACAGACACUAAAUCACAAACAUGUAAAAUUCAUCAUCACCACAUCUGUCCUGUUUGUAACUGAGUGAUUUAAGUACCACAGCGUAUCUUUAUCUGUGUCAGCUGUGCUUCUAACUGGCUAACUGUGUUCACAGUGAUGCGGCUACCAAACUGCCCAGGGACGAGUUUCUGGUCAGUCCGUUGGUGUUACCUCAGGAUGUCCAUGCCUACCGGCCCCAUGAUGUUGUUGACAGUUUGCACAGCCGCGUAGCUCCGUUUAGGGAUGGGAGGCCCUACGGUUCCAACAUGUUCAGCGGGGUCAGCACCCCCAGCAACUACCAUCUCUACGGGCAGUUUCCCAUGCCAGGGUUCCCUUUUCCUCUCUGCAAGCUCACUGACGCCAAAAACGCUUUUGCUGACCUCUCAAAGAGCGCUCUGCACCACAAGCAUUGUUCUCCACAUGACAGCGCCAACCUCAUCAGGGCAGAGUACAGCAGGGCGGUCGGUACCAGCACCUCCAGCAUUAUUCACUCCACCACCUACGCUUCUAGGGAGGUAGGAAGAGACGAGGAGAUGAGGAAGGAAAGCCACGAGGGGGUCAGCCAGUCUAUCACUCUUGCUAGGAAGCGUGCGUUUCCUGUGUUGACCCUCGAGCAUCAGAAAGACUUGGGCAAAGAUCAUGCUCCCCAGGCAGAGGAAGACCUGAUCCAUCAGCACUAUCCUCUCGGAAUCUCCUCCACUGGGCGCAAGAGUCUGAUGAGCAGCCCGCAGAGCCCCCUCAAAUCAGACUGCCAGCCCAACUCCCCAACAGAGUCCAGCAGCAGCAAGAACGCCGCACUCUCCCAAACCGGAGGAGUGCAAAACCCGCAAGGUACGCAGGACCCCAAAGCUCGCAACUGGAAGAAGUACAAGUUCAUUGUUCUGAAUCAGAGCGCUAAAGAGGAGGAGGUGGGGCUGCGGGAUCCCGGGCUGCGUUCACCUCAGAGACUCAGCAUGCAACCAUACCUCCACCCCAGCGACUCGGAGAACCUCGACCCGCAGAACACGAACAAGAACAAUGAUCAGAGCGAGGACCUACCUGUGCCCCAGGCUAGCCGUCUCAACAACAUUAUCAGCAGGUGAGGCUUUGUUCCAAUACAUACUUGUAUGUCAUGCUAGAACUAAAUGUAAUAGGGCACGUCAAUCAAAGCGCAUGUAGGGCAAAGUGGAUUUAGGGUUUAAGAGGAAGCUCGGGCGGAGGGACUUCUGUUUGUUUCUAAUGUUUCUUGAACAUUUUAACGCGCUCCCUGCAGCCAUUCAGCACCUUUAAAUCAUUUUAAUGCCGUAUUCCUUAAAAGAGAAACACACUUUUAAAUCUAUGUGCGGCGCUUGAUUUGAGAGAAUCCUUUUAUGAACUUUAACUUUGAGGAAUUUUGAGGUUUUUCAGCGAGCUAGUGUAUUUAUUAAGACUUUUUUAUUGUCUACAGUGCACUAGAUGGAUCACUGAGGAGCAGUGACAGCCACCCUCCACACUACUUAAGCCGCCUGAAUUGCUCAUCCUGCGGCACCCCGUCCCCUCAACACUCUGAAAUCUGUCCCAACACAUCCAGGUCCCGACUCGCAGAGGACAUGGCAGAGCUGCAGUCUGAGUACUCUGACUCUAGCUGUGGUGAGUUUUUAAGAACAGUACUUUUAAAUUAUUGCUCAUUCUUUCAGACUCGAGAUUGACUUUGGUUUUUUUCUCUGAACAGAAAACGGCACAUUCUUCUGUAACGAAUGCGACUCCAAAUUUGCCGAAGACGAAGCGCUGAAACAACACAUGCUCCAAGUUCACAGCGAUAAGCCAUACAAGUGUGACCGCUGCCAGGCUGCUUUCCGCUACAAGGGCAACCUCGCCAGCCACAAAACCGUCCACACAGGUAUGCAAAAGACAGUCAUAGUCCCUCAUCGUCAGAUCUCCCUUUCUUUCCUGCUGAAUUCUCACAUUUAUUUCUGUUGUUUUUCAGGAGAGAAACCGUAUCGCUGUAAUAUCUGUGGUGCUCAGUUUAACAGACCAGCUAACCUCAAGACUCACACUCGCAUCCACUCAGGAGAGAAGCCAUACAAAUGUGAGACGUGUGGAGCUCGUUUUGUACAGGUAAAAACACACACAGACAUACGACUCUGACUCUAGCAUAUGAACAUUUUCCCCCUGAAUUGUGUGAGGAAUAACAGCGCUAAUACUUGACUCCAAUUAUAGGUUAUUUCAGUUAUUUUCAGCUUUACAAAAGUACCUGUAAUUAUAGUUCAGAACAUCCUUGAGGGUUUUUUGGCUUUUGUUCAGCACAUACUGAUGCAUGUGCUGUCGGAAAAGUGUUUGUCGAGGAUUUGCCAGCUCAUUUCAUGAUAUAAAAAAAAGAGAAAUGAAAGGAAUGUACUCUUACAACUGCACACCUGGUUUACCUCAGGAGUUAAACAUGUGAACUUAGAUGGUGUUUGCCGUUUGGAUUAUGAACGCCGGAUAUAUUUGGUCAUUAAACAAAAACAAUGUUUCACUGGGUAGUUUUAAAAACAUUAAAAUUAAAUGUGCUCAUUAGGAAGUUUAACAUUUUUUGUUCUUGUGUUAGGUUGCUCAUCUGCGUGCUCAUGUGUUGAUCCACACGGGUGAGAAGCCGUAUCCCUGUGAGAUCUGUGGGACACGCUUCCGUCACCUGCAGACGUUAAAGAGCCACCUGCGCAUACACACAGGAGAAAAGCCCUAUCAUGUACGCUGAGAUUUAUUUUCUCGUAAAUGAAGUAAAUCUGUCUUGAGAAUUUAAUGCAGUAAAAUAACAAUUUUGCUUUUUCUCUCCCCAGUGUGAGAAAUGCAACUUGCACUUCCGCCACAAGAGCCAGCUCCGGCUGCAUCUGCGACAGAAGCACGGCGCAAUCACCAACACAAAGAUCCAAUACCGCAUGUCGACGGUGGACAUGCCCACUGACCUGACGAAAACGUGCUGAGCGAGAAGAAGGGAACAGUUUUUUUCUUUUUUUUUAAAGGAGGCAAUCUUGACCUUGGCAUUUAAAGACCCCAACUUGUACAAUCAUCCAAAAUUGUAGUGCCACACUGUGUUCAUUAGACAAUUCAAUUGGCUCGUACGCCAUUCUAAACGGGUUUCCACUACAUGUGAACGUAGAGCCACAUACGGCGUCUUAGUCACUUUAUUGUUUCUAUAUAGAUAUAAAUAUAUAUAUAUGUAUGUUGGAAGUGUUUCUAAGCUUUGAAAGUACGUAUAUAAAGCUUUAUUUUGUCGAGAGGGAAGGAAUGUAAACAAUCAGCUUUUUGAAAAUACAGUAUUUUAUAUCAGAGAACUUACUUUUCUGAAAGUAUUGAAAAUUUUGAUCGACGGGUGGUACAUAUAUUUUAAGAUAUUGAGAUUUGCGGCUGUAUAGAGUUGUCUAUACAUUUUUAUGUAGACGUAUGUACAUGUUGCACCAUGUCAAGUUGCCAUUUUCAUGUGAAGAGUGGGAAAAAAAAAGACAUUGUAACCUGAUUAAGUGUAAAACAUAUCAGAUGACUGCUGCUGUCUGAUAAGGAUAUGCAUGAGUUACUCUCUGACCAGUUGUCAGCGCACAUGAAGUGGACAACUGCAUAAAUAUUGUGACAUAUUGUGUAAUUAUAUCUGUGGGAUUCUCUCUGCUGGCAGAGCCAAUCUAAGUGUUGAAAUGCAUUUCAAGGUACUGCUUUGUUAUGACCAAGAAAAUAUUUUGCUUCAGACGUAUUUGUAUAGAUGUGUUUUUGUUGAUUUGUUUUCCAUAAGUGAAGGUUUACAGUUUUUGGUCAUUGUUCUAGCUCCUACAGUAAAGUUGUGUAAGUGUUCAGGUUUUUUUGUUUGUACAUACACUGUGUAUUCAAUGUGCCUUUCUCUACGCCGGCUGAAAUCUUCUCCUUUAGCUCGGCUGUAUUAAGGUACAACUCAAGGACACCACUCGUCCUACAUCCCUCUGUGCGUGUGUGUGUAUGUGUGAGUGUGUGUAUAUAUUUUUAAACGCUCCUCACCAAUCUUAAAACAUGCAAAUUCAUCAUUGUAAAUCUUCAGGACUUGUUUUUGGAUUGGGCUUUUUUAACUGCAUUAAAAUUAUUGUACAAUGUUAUAGAUGUAUGAAUGUAAAAUAAAGGUAUUGGAUUUCUAUGUAUUAACCCAGACUGAGUUUUUCUGUGUAUUAACACAGACCGAGUUUUAUCCUGAAACGCUGAAAUUAGGCCAGGUGUAUUAUCAAGGUGUGUUAUGUUGGAAAACUGAUAUGUUCUGAAUAAAAAAAGCAUGUUUUUAAAACCACUCUGAGCUACAGCAGUAAAAAGGAACCAAACAGUUCACAGUUUAAUUCAGCCUUAAGUGAUUUAAAUCUGAAUAUGAGGGGGAAAAGGCUAAAGGUACCUCUUUUUGAAACCAAACAGUUUCUACCUUAAUCCAACCAGCCAGGUGACCUGUGGAUCACAGAAAUUUACUUAGCACUAUUGUACAGCUGCACUGUUCCACUUUUUUAAUACAACAGUCAGACAUCUGAUGUCUAAUGACUUCAUAUCAUGUAUCCUGUUUCUUGUCAAAUUGCUGCAUUUAAAAAUAUCCUCGUACACAGUGGGUCUACGGGCUUCAAGGUAAAAAGCACCAAAGACUGCACGUAUGCUGUUAAAGUAAUGGUACAAUGUACUGAGUAUAAAUACGCGAUUGUGUCCUAAUUUAAAGGAAAGUCGAUGUAGGGAUUUCAGAGCAGUUUGACACAGUCCUCUACAAGUUUCCUUUAAGACAAUUUAGAGGAAUUACCUGAAAUUUUAGGAUAAAUAGUUUGAAAACAGUCUUUUUAAGAAGAAGUGUAGAGAUCAAAUCAAACAAGAUUUCAGCCCUGACCCUGUAAUAUCUUGUUUGUCUAGAGGCUAUAGAUCCUCAGUGGCACGCUUAAGAUCGGGUAUUCUUCCACUGAUCACUGGGAUCAGGUGAUUCAUAAUUAUUCCAGAGAGUUUUGAAUUUAUAAAGUUGCUAGAUAAAAACCUGAAAUACUACGGCAGCAGUAUGAGUGACAGCAGAGAUGGCUGUCGAAGUUUAGUGUGUUUAAACAUGCUAAUUGUUUUUUGUUUUUUUUUUUCUUUCCAAAAGCCUGAAAACACAGCAGGAUAGUCUGUAAGCGUAGUUGUGCUGUGACAGUUGUAAACCCACUAUGCACUCUUAAUAACAGGCUGUUUAGAUCAACAGGGUCAUGAAAACCCAUGGGGGACAGGCACAUAGAUUAUAUAUACAUAUAUACCUUACUUGAAGCACCUGUAAGGAAUUUUUUCGAUGUCUAUGAAACAGACUGAAACUACCACUGACUCCUUUUUAUGACCCACAAAAGCAAACAAGCUCAUCAGGUAAAGGAUUGUUAUUUGUACUGAGUUAUUUUGUCAGUCUGUCACAUCUGCCGCAGGGUAUGUGUCAGACAAGGUUAGGGUGGCUCACUGCCAGAACAGCCUUUCAUUAAAGGUUCCGAAAGUACACACUGUGAAAUGAACAUGAGACAUGUAAAGGAGCAGUGUUUUAUAAUUAGCAACAUUUAGCUGAACAGAUCUGGUAGGAUAUUUGUAAGCAUGUUUAAACUUAUGUGAAGUCACCUGAUUAUGAAGGUCGUUUUUGUCACUUUAGAAUUAACCUUUUACAACCAUCACUCACCACCGUGUUUAUACGGUAACAGUUAAAGGACAAACUAGUUACACAUACAGUACAUUGUUGUAUUUAGCUGAAAGACGAUGACAAAGAAACAGAGAAAUGUUGUUAUGCACUGAAGAAUUAGGAGUGAUCGACAUUUGUGACAGUGAAAACAUGACAAAAAGAGGAUCAUACCUAACAUGCAUGACAGGAGCUUCUGGUCCUCAAGGUCACUGCUGCUUCUGAAAGUUAAACAAUAGAGGAGGUGAGCAAGGGGGCACUUCAGUUUCACAAACAACAGACUUAAAUCAGAAUCAGCUUUAAUGACCAAGUAUGUGUACGCAUGCAAGGAAUUUGACUCUGGUGAACUUUGCCCUCUCUGUAUACACAUUAAAUAUAACAUGUUACAAAAUAUUGUCACAAAAAUUACAAGUAUGUACAAGUUUGAACAAGACAUUUAACUACUAUAUACAAGGGUACAAAAGUGCAAUGAUGAGGAGUGCACAUGAGGUAGAUAUACAUUAUGUUUUACAAUAUUAACAUUAGAUUAAAUAUUAGAUUUCUGUUAUAAAAGUCAUUUACAGUCACUGUGGUCUAUCUGAAGCUCUGUGAAUGUAAGGAGUUCAUCAGACCAACAGCCCAGGGGCCAAAACUGUCUUUGUGUCCGCUAGUUCCUGGUCAUUACAGCAUUACAUUUCCUCUUGAAAAUACGAAUAUAAAUGGAAGUAGAGUGGAGACAGGAGUGAAUAAGGAUAAAUAAGAAAUUGCAAUGGUUAGUAAAAAGAGCAGAAUAUUAAAAAUAAAGCUAUUUACAAAGGGCAGAGUGUUUAGGAAAUAAGCUUUGUACAAGCACAAGAGUGUAUACAAAAAACAAUUUGUAGUUUAGGAUAUUAUACAGAGUAUUGCACAGUUAAAAAAGUAUAUUGCACAGUGUAGCCUAAUAAACAAUGUUAUUAUCAGUAUUUCACUCUUAGAUUUUUUAAGGUUUAACAUUUUACAAACAGAUUACACAGUUGAAUGUAAUUAUACGCAGUAGUGGAGAAGUUUACAGCGACUCCAUGAGAAUAAGUCCAGGGACAGUCAGAGUUUGUGACACUCAGAGGGAGGAGUUGUGAUUUUUGAUGGUCUCAGGUAAGAACGACUUCCUGUGACACUCCGUGGUACAUUUAGGGGGAAUGAGUUGAUCACUGAAUGUGCUCCUGUGUUUAACUGGCAUGUUAUGGAGUUGGUGGUGGAUGUUGUCCAAGAUUCCAUGUAGCUUUGACAACAUCCUCCUCUCUGUCACCACCAUCAGGGAGGACAGCUCUACCCUCACCGGCCUUGCAGAUGAGUUUGUUAAGUCUGCUGCCCCAGCACAGGAUCAAAGUGGCUAUUAUGUACCCAUAGAGCAUCCUCAGCAUGGUCCUGCAGAUGUUAAAGAACCUCAGCCUCCUUAAGAAGUAGAGACGACUGAGGCCCUUCUCGUAGGUGAUCCACUGACAGGUGGGGGUUGGCACAGUGAGCUGGGCCAGUAUGUGAUGGAGGUGCUCAGGAACAAUAGUGUCAAAUGCCAAGUUGGGAGCACGGUGUGUAAACCCCACCGUCUUACCUUCACAAGCGCUCCAACUUGCUUCCCACAUCGUUGUCUCCUGCAAAUUCUAUAGAGCGCAGCUGCUUCACUGACCAAAAUCGCAGAAAAACUUCCAGGAUCCAUGAAAACUGUUGAAAAAAAGUACAGCAAAGGACUGCCCAAUGUAUAAGAGUUCCACUCAAGUGAAGGUAACCAGAGAAGGAGAGCAGAAAACCGAACAAAACACGAAGAGUACGUUAGAGUGAAGUACUGAGGUGCCCUGUUGCAGUGCCAUCUUGGUUGAGAUUAUUAUAAUUUAUAAAUUUUCUCUACACAGCCUGUGGGGUAAAGGUCUUUUCAGAUGUUUAUUAUUUUGUAUAAUCACAAAUGUCAGGAAUGAAAUUUUAGUCUUUAAGGAAAAACAACAAACAUGAUCCAGUGCAGCCAUCUUUUACAGCCAUGUUUCCACUGUGGUACAGACAAACUAUUAACAUGCAUGUUGUUGAUUUGGAAGAAGACAAAGAAAAGGACAGUGUUCUGUGUGUGCAAAAAAAUGUCCAUUUAAAGACAAACUUGACAAAAGGAGGCUCAUACCUAUCAUGCAUCACAGGUGCUCCUUGACCUUGAAGGCCGCUGUCGCCUUUGGAGGUUCACCAACAGAAUGGGUGAGCAAGGGGGCUCUAAAGUCUUAAAUCUGACCGCUGGAUACUGAAUCACUAAAUAUUCCUCUUCUGACACACUGUACCUUUACAUAAGGAGGGAUGCAAUGUUUUUGUUAGAAAACUCUGCUCACACAUUUACAAGAUAACCUACGAGAGAAAUUAUUCCAAUUUUUUUCACAAAACAUGCAAGUUCCUCUCAGGGGCUUCGAAUAAAACUGACCAGUGUCUUAUAAUGUUAACACUGCAGGUUAAUAUGGCUUGAGCAGGUUUCCCUCACACUCCCACAGACUGUGUAAACAAUCCACAUAACCUCAGGAAGAGGUCCUUGCCCAUUAACGAAAUCAUGCUGCAAACUUUCUGUCUUCAUAAGAUAAGAAAUAAAGCAUCGCCUCUUAGCUUUGUCCAAGCCAACG